CCUCGCUAUACACCUUUCAUUCCAGGCCCUCUGGGUAUCUGAUUCAUCUUCAACCUCUCCCGACCCCAUUUUUAGGACCUAUACUGUCCCACCCGAGAAUGAGCCGGAAGCUCGCCCCCGAAGCCAAUCGGAUUCUCUUUGUAAAGAACCUCAACUACAACGUCACAGCUGAGCAACUCUUUGACCUCUUCGGCAAAUUUGGUCCCAUCCGCCAAAUACGUCAGGGAAUUGCCAACAACUCGAAGGGCACGGCCUUUGUGGUUUACGAAGACGUUCAUGACGCCAAACAGGCAUGCGAUAAGCUCAAUGGAUUCAACUUCCAGAACAGAUACCUCGUCGUUCUAUAUCACCAGCCCGAGAAAAUGCUUAGGUCGAAAGAGGACUUGGCGGAAAGGCAAGAGAAUUUGGAGCGUCUCAAACAGCAACAUGGGAUAGAAUGACGUGAUGAUUGCUUUUGUUCGCUUUCUCUGCAUGCCCUUUGCCGGCAUCUGGCUGCGUAUUAUCCUGGGUUGGUCGUGGGGUUUCUGGCGUUUUUCUCUCCUAUGGGUUUGAUGGCUCUUAUUCAUUCAUGGGUAUGAAAGGGUUGCCGGCGGGUUGAAUGACACCCUGGCUUUUUGUUCAGGAGAAUGAUACAGAAUGGGUUAUUUCAAACCGGGGUCGGUGCUAGCUGCACCGGCUCUAAGGUUACCAAUAUAAUCAUUUCGAUCGCCGGCCACCUUUUGGCUGUUGCGGCACCC